CUUAAGAAUCAGUGUUUCGGGUUCUAGCUAAAAUUCAGUGACUUGAGUUCAAUCUUCCAUCUUGCUAAGCAUCUUUCCUUUUUAUCUGACACUACUGGAAGCUACUUCUACCAAGAUUGGGCAUAUAAUGCAAUUUGUUUUCUUUUAAAGCACAGUACUCUCGGCCGAUUUUGGUAGUUCUUGUUGCUCAACGUUUCCUUUGAUGCAUUGUGAAGGAGUUCAAUUUGUGAACAAACCGCGAAGAAUUAAAGAGCAGCAUCCCCUUAAGUACCAGUACAGUGUUUUUACAAGAUCCUGGAAUUGCUGCGUUUUUAAAAAACGUAACUUAGCUUUCUGCAGAUUUUCCACAAAAUUAGAAAUGGACCUUUGUUUGUGUAAAAACAGCUUAAGUAUGCCAGCAGCUCUGCUUGUACAAGUGGGACAUGAACUGAUGUUGCUUAACGCUGACAUUUCUAGUCAUUCCUGUGAUUUACAGUGUCGUCUUAACUUAAUCGCAAUGAAGCUGGAGCCUGGUGUUGUGUUCCUUAACCUACUCUAAUGUACAGGGGACAUGAUGACUGCAUUUCAUGCAGUUUUAAGAAAUCCUCCAAUCAACUCCAAGAAUCAGGCAGCUAAGGAACGGGCACAGGGGAUAGUACUGCGUGUCCUCACGUCUUUCAGAAGCAGCGAGAUUGAGCCAGCUGUGAAAUCUUUAGACAAGAACGGUGUUGACUUAUUAAUGAAGUAUAUUUACAGAGGCUUCGAGAAGCCUUCGGAAAACAGCAGUGCAAUUUUGCUUCAGUGGCACGAAAAGGCUUUUGCAGUGGGUGGCCUAGGAUCCAUUGUCAGAGUUCUGACAGCCAGAAAGACUGUUUGAAGGACUGUAAAACCUUUGGCCGAAGAAGAAAAGCUAUGAAGACAAAAACCAUGAAGAGGCGAGCCAGGAAUCGUUUGUUUCUUUUUUCCCCCCCAAGGGAAUCAGUUUUACAGGAAAAAAGAUGCCAUUUUUGCAGAAGCUGACACAUUAUAAAGAAUAUAAUUAUGAGUGAAGAACUACAGUGUAUGUUGGAAUGCUUUUUAUCUCUUGAGGUUUUGAAAGGUUUGGGGUGUGGGGGGGAUGUCUUUUGUUUAUUGUACAUGUUAUCAUAUGCAAAGUCUUACACAUCCUCACACUCUGUUUGUUUUUACUUCAGAAAAAUUUUAAAAACACGUUAAUUUAGAAAAACUGACCAGGACUGACUCCAGCUGAGGCUGACAGGCAGUCUUGGCUUAUACCAUGAAAUUGGCGCACAUGAUGGAGUACACCAUGGUACAAUAGUGUUAUUUGACUGGCUCAGUACUGAAGGUUAGAUUUUAUUCUCUUUUUUUUUCCCCUCAUUCUCAUUUUUGUACAGAGAGAUGUACAUUUAAUAUAAAGCAAUGGAGAGGAUAUGAAUACUGGGGUGAUUUCAUGUAAAGUGCCUGCUGCAAUAAAGCUCUUGUAUCAUCUUUAUGGAA